AUGGAGAACACCCACUUGCAACAAGAUUUACCAGCACAAAAUGGCUCAAACUAUGACAUAGAAAAAGAACUGAAAGCCUUUGAUGAGUCAAAAGCUGGUGUUAAGGGACUUGUAGAUGCUGGCAUACAGAAACUCCCUCCUUUCUUUGUGGUACCAGAAAAUGAAGUCUCUUCUAUUGCGGCAUCAAAACUGAGUGCAACCCAUGUUCAGAUUCCUGUCAUAGACCUCAAAGACAUCCAUGAUGAUCUUAUUCGACGCGAAAAGAUCAUCGAGGAAAUACGAAGUGCUUCAGAGACUUGGGGGUUCUUCCAGGUUGUGAACCAUGGUGUAUCGAAGGAGAUUAUGGAUGGAAUGAUUGAAGGAGUGAAGGGAUUUCACGAGGAAAAACAUGAAGUCAAAAAGGAAUUUUAUACGAGGGAUGUGAAGAAGAAGGUGACUUACACUAGCAACACUCUUAUUCAUAAGACAAAAGCAGCAGACUGGAAGGAUACUUUGUAUUUUCGUAUGGCUCCUGAUUCUCCAGAUCCUGAAGAACUUCCAGUUGUCUGCAGGGAGACAACAAUCAAGUACUCGGCACAUAUAAGGGAGCUAGGGGAUACCCUUCUUAAAUUAGUAUCAGAGGCUCUUGGACUCGAUCCUAAUUAUCUGAUCGAAUUUGGGUGUACCAAAGGUCUCAAGCUUAUGUGCCAUUACUAUCCAGCAUGCCCUGAGCCCAACCGAACUCUAGGAAGCAAACCGCAUACUGAUCCUGACUUCUUGACUAUCCUUAUGCAAGAUCACAAUGGCGGCCUCCAAGUUUUUCAUGAGAAUAAAUGGAUUGGUGUCCCUCCAAUUCCAGGAGCUUUUGUAAUUAACGUUGGUGACCUUCUACAGCUUAUCUCAAAUGGCAAGUUCAAAAGUGCUGAGCACAGGGUGCUGGCUAAUCACAUUGGCCCAAGAAUAUCGGUGGCUAGUUUCUUCGCUAUCUACGACAGGGUUUGUGGUCCAAUAAAAGAGUUGCUAUCAGACGACAAUCCUCCUCUGUACAAGGAAGUUCCGCUGAUGGAAUACAUUACUCAAUACAUGUGGAAAAAAGAAGAUGGAGGCAUGUCCACACUUGAUCGUUUCAGGUUGUGA